CUUUGCCCGCCCGCUCAAACCAUCGACAACGAUUCCACAACGCCAAACCAGGAACUCCAAAUCGUCUUAAAACGCCAACAUGGUUCUCGCAGUUGAUCUCCUCAACCCCACCCCGGCCGCUGAGGCCAAGAAGCACAAGCUCAAGACCCUCGUGCCCGCACCCCGCUCCUUCUUCAUGGACGUCAAGUGCCCCGGCUGCUUCACCAUCACCACCGUCUUCUCGCACGCAAACACAGUCGUCGUCUGCCAGGGCUGCUCGCAGGUCCUUUGCCAACCAACCGGUGGCAAGGCGCGAUUGACCGAGGGCUGCUCUUUCCGAAGGAAGUAAACGUAUCGUUGGACGACAGCAGCGGAGGAUUGACGGUUCACGACGAUGAUGAUAAUGGGAUAGGGUGUAGAUCUCACAUGGUUCCGAUCGACUUGACCGCAGGAUAGAAGAGGGAUCUCGAGUCAAGCCAAAAUCAAAACGGGAGUUCCGGAUAUUCAGCGUUGGUCUCGACCGCCCUUUCUAUCAUGUUUCCUAUGUUCGGCAUGCGUUUCUACAGCUUUCAUGUACAUGCAUGUGGGAGGCG